AGGAAGAAGCAGGGUAGCGAAGAGUUCAGCGGUGGAGAGGAGAUGGACGGCAAAAGGAGAAGAAAACGGAGAGAGGGAGGGGGCGAGAAAGCUCCCAGACAGAGUAAAAAACAAGUGGAAGAAGAGAUCGAUGAAGAGUCUCUGGAUCCUGCUACUAGUAAGUUAUACUCUAGUCAGAGGAAAAGCCAACAACUUAGGAUAAUGCUAACUAGGGACUUUCAUAGGGCGACGCCGUGCUUUGGACCGGAUGAUGGACGAAGCGCUGAAGAAGCCUUCGAAACGGCGUAUCAAGAAAGCAGAUGGGAUCGAUUUGGCGGAUUAUGCCGAUGCAGAGAUCGAAGAGGUUCGCAAGCGCAUGACCGACGCAGCUCGUCUAGACAGUAUUGCUCGCAAAGAGAACCGCCCUGCAAUGCACAAGCUUAAGAUGCUUCCAGAGGUUGUUUCCCUCCUCAACCGCAACCAAUAUGUUAACAGUCUUAUCGACCCAGAAAUAAACCUUCUGGAAGCUGUUAAAUUUUUCCUAGAACCUCUUGAUGACGGUUCCUUGCCAGCUUACAAUAUCCAGCGAGAUUUAAUGGCAGCAUUGCUACGACUACCUAUUAACAAGGAGACUUUGAUUGCUAGUGGUAUUGGCAAAGUUAUUGUAUUUUAUACAAAAAGCAAGCGCCCGGAGAUUGGGAUCAAACGCCAGGCUGAACGUCUUCUCGCUGAAUGGACCCGCCCUAUUCUCCAGAGAAGCGACGAUUACUCUAAACGAGUCUACGAGGAAGUCGAUUUCGAUCCCAGGUAUGUUACUUGAAUGAGCCCCUACGUAACCUUUAUACAGCUUUAUCGGUAGAACUAACAAAAUCUCUAGCCGACUCGCUGAUCGAACUGUAUCUGCCGAAGCCUCAGCUGCGGAAGCGCGUGCUAGAGAACUGCUUCCACCUCGUCUUGCCAAUCGUGCUCGUGUCGAAAGUAGCCACACUAGCUACACUGUUGUGCCACGAUCUAUGGGCGUCUCUGAGAGCAAGUUUGCUCGCCCUCUAGGUGCCAGCGGAGAAGAUCGAUUCAGACGUAUGAAAGCCAGGCAAAUUGCCGCUAAUAAGGGAUCAAAGCGAUAGGCCACCUUUCCUUGCUCCCUUCGUCCACCUUAUUUUACUUUCUUUACCUGCAGAUUUGAUUACUCAUCUUGUCUUUACAGCGUUUUCGAUCCCAUAUCUCUUCCAGUCUCUGCGAGGCUCUCUUUCUCUUACAAUUUGUUUUAUCCUCUUUGCAAUGAAAUGUAAUUCUAGGCGUAUUGGGACUCACAGCACGAAAAUAGAACAAUAAUUAGUCAAAAUUGAAGCUACCUCAUUUUGAAUUUGGCAUCAUUAAACGUUGCCUGGCUAUGAAUAAAAUUAAUUAAUAGAUGACUGGGUACGUCUGUGUCGCUCCACGUGCAAGUUUCAUUUUCUAGUCAAUUAUAUGCUCCACCGCUCUGCCAACAGGGCCAUCAUUUCUCAUGGUUUCCAGUUUCUUGUUUUGAUCUCCUCGCCCUUCCAGCCAGAGUAACUCCAGUUUAAUCAAGGUAGAUAAGACCAUGGCAUGCGUCAGUUUACUGGGCGUGGACGUACUCUUUUGUAAUUGUUGUUAUUAAUAGAGGCCGCUACAAUCAUUACCACUUUGUAUAUACAUUCUAGCCUAACAUGUUAUUCGAUUGACGAGGACCAUCACUCACCAACAUGACACGAGGAGAUACAUACGUAUACCUGAUGUGAAUGAAUGUUAUUAAAACAUUCUAAUACAGCAUCUAAUGGUUAUCAAUGUAGUAUCAAACUUCCCGUCGUUUACAGAGCUGUCUUGCCGCUUUGGAGCCACGGUGAUAUAAUAGUGAAUAUAUAAUUUAACCAAAUGAACCAACGCUACAUUAAAUAGCCACCUUUUUAUCAGUAACUGCGCAACGAGAUAAACAUGCGGGUAUACUUUAUCAGCAGAGGAGUAAGCUACUGAUCUAUCUAUCUAUUUAUAGUUUUAAGCUUGAGGCUCAACUCAGCCGGCGCUAGCGGUGAAAGCUUAAAUAGGGCUGGGGGAUUCGAGGCCUGGCACACGGAAACUCCACACCCGACUCCCUGUCAGCAUUUCUUGUCCCUGCUCAUUAUAGUCGUAAUUAUUACAGAUAGCCUCCUUUCUUCGGUAAUGUAACAGGGUGUUUCGUGUGUCCACCGAUUAUUCAGUCUAGAAAGUUGGCCUCAACCAACACGGCCUAUUUUUGAAGCUCUACCUGUAGCCUAGGGUCCAAAGGCAAGAGUCGAGGAGUUAACUACAAAGAAAGUGCCGUAUUAUGGGGGUAUUAUACAUAUUUUAUGCUCUAGGAUAAUUUUUAGAUCAGGUAACGACCCUGUGCUAGUACAAAGUACGUCGGAAUCGCUUGAUGUUUUAGAAAGCGGGAUGGUACGUUUAAAUUUAUUGUGCGUGGUAUUGAUGAUAUCACUACUACUAUUCGGGAGAAGUCUCGAGAGGUAAGAAGCAGCGUACUUCUGCGACCUACAAUCUCUAUGUGCUGAUUCAUUGAUUAUCGAGGAAUUUGUUUCGGAUUUUUAGCUCCGUCAGACUUUUUUGGAACGUAUUAUAGCUGUUACCGAUACGAUUGACAGAGACCUUAUUGACGUAUGUUCGUCCUACCCAUUCGACGGGCUAUUAUUCGACGUGCACGAUGACUACGACCGUGUACAAAAGCAAAUUAGGAGGAUUAGGAAGGGUUGUUCAUCACAUAUGUCACAACUGAAGUGUGGUACUGACCGGUCGGCUAAGUUAUGGGGGUCUCUCUGGAGACUCGCCACAGCUUCAGGCAGAGGAACGUUGGACAAUGUGGGCAAGGCGAUCAGGGGUUCUGUAAUGGCAUACCUCGAAGACACAAUUCAGCAGAGUCGGCGUCUUCCAUCGCUAGCUCGGAUAGAGAGUUCGGGCUGAGUACCUUGUCUUGCUUAAUAUAGGAGAGGUUUUUUUAUCUGAGUCCACAACUUAGUUAGCUAAUAACUAGGUAGGUAAUUGUAGUUACUGCGCGUCAAAAUCUACCCUGCAGUUGUAAAACAGCUCUAUCUGACCUUGCAGACGAUAGCUUCGAGACAUAGCUAUCAGAUCCUCCUUCUACAACAUAUCAAGAUGCUGCAAACUUGGGCGGUCCAUCCUCAAGGAGCUCGCAAAUCAACCCAACUGGGAAGCUGGCUAGUAACCUAAUAAAUAGCUAUCAGAAGGAUGAUGAUGAUAAUAGUGAAAUGAGAUGACUAAUACGAAAACUGACAAUAACUUAAAGUAGGCAAUAUCGAUGAGAACAUCGCGACUUCCGUAACGGGUUAUAUGCUAUAAAUAGCAGGUGUAGAGGUCAACCUGGGGAUAUUUCUAACGACAUCU